AACUGCUAUAAAAGACGUCGCCCAAACCAGCUUCGCGCUAUUACGACAGUGCCUCUGUGAUUUUCUCCGCCGUAGUACAUUUUAUUCCUCAUAAAAAGAUGCAGACGUGGGCGUUGGUGGUGUGCGCGGCCGCGCUGGCGGCGCUGACCGGCGCGCAGAAGCCAGGCCGCUUCCUCUCCCUACCACAGCCGCAGAAAUGCGCCAACAGACCAAAGGAAUUUUUCUACCGAGGCCAUAACUACUUCUUUACUGGACACGUACCCUCAUUGGCCAACAAGAAGUUCGACUGGCUGGACGGACGUAACAUUUGCCGCGAGUACUGCAUGGACCUCGUCUCCAUGGAGACGCAAGAAGAGAACAAUCUCAUCUUCAAACUUAUACAGACAAAUGACAUACCUUACAUUUGGACAUCUGGUCGUCUCUGUGACUUCAAGGGUUGCGAGUCCCGCAAAGACCUUGAACCUAAGAACAUCUUCGGAUGGUUCUGGUCCGCUAACAGGGAAAAGAUGUCGCCCACCAACCAGAUUCCCAACGGUUGGGGUUACAACCCUUGGUCUCAGACUGGUCACAAGAAGCAGCGUCAACCUGAUAACGCGGAGUUUGACAUCAACGGAACAACGGAGUCAUGUUUGAGCAUCCUCAACAAUGUGUACAAUGAUGGCAUCGCGUGGCAUGACGUCGCCUGCUACCACGAGAAGCCCGUCGUCUGUGAGGACUCUGAGGAACUUCUCAAUUACGUCGCAAGCACCAACCCCGGCUUACGUCUGUGAUUUAUAUCCCCAACGUUUUAAUUUAAUUACGUAUUAGGCAAUUCCAAAUUUCAAUAGCGGUUUCAUAGACUACAAGAAAUUAAUUGUCUUGCAGCUUUCUUUUCAAAAAUUGAUUUGCUAGAUUUUGGAAUUUAUUGUUUGCUUAUAAAAAAAAAAGUGUCCAUUUACUUCCGCUUUAUUUAGCAGUUAUUUGAAAUGUUUUACUUCUUUUGUGAAUUUUAUACUCUAUAUUAGAUAUUGGAACUUGCCACAAAUUUGAUUUCGAUCUCUUCCAGCCGCACUGCCUGAAUACUGUCGUACAUUAUGUACAGAAAAUAAUUUAAGACUUACGUAAGUUUAACUAAGUGUAUUUACUUAAGGGAAGAAUUUCUAUUUGUAU